AUGACCACUCGCAACACGCGCUACUGGCGCAGCUUUCUGUCCGACCUGCUGAGCUCUCGAGACAGUCCCAACAACGACUGCCCCUCGGACGGCUUCUACGACGGCGUGUGCGUCCUGACGCUCUUCGGUCGCGUCGAGUAUCGCGACGGGUGUUUCCAGUCGGCUUCGAGCCGUUUUCUCGACGUAAACCCUCUGCAGCUCGUGGCGCUGUUUGACGACCUCACGCGGCACGCGCUUCAAGAAGCGGUCGGGGGCGACAGAGAGCGGGCGACAGCUGCGCUGCGUCUGGGCGCCACCGUCUUCCACGUCGUCUCGGCCACGUUCUCGAGCGUCUGCGCCGUCACGCGCGGCCGAAGUCGCGGCCUCGUGGUCGAGAAACUCCCGUUUGGGGUCGUGGCGGUCGCGUUCUCGGCGCCACUGCAGCUCGAGACGGUCUUCCGGCACGUCGAUGGAGCGUGUGCAGCGCUGCGGCGCUGA